CGUUCGAGUUGUUACUAUGGAUGCAGAGCUGGAGUUUGCCAUCCAGCCAAACACUACAGGCAAACAGCUGUUUGACCAGGUGGUUAAAACCAUAGGUUUGCGAGAAGUGUGGUACUUUGGUCUCCAGUACGUGGACAACAAAGGAUUCCAGACUUGGCUGAAGCUUGAUAAAAAGGUUUCUGCUCAAGAAAUCAGGAAGGAGAAUCCCCUCCAGUUCAGAUUCCGUGCCAAGUUCUUCCCAGAGGAUGUGUCUGAAGAGCUGAUUCAGGACAUCACGCAGAAGCUGUUCUUCCUGCAGGUGAAGGAAGGGAUCCUCAGUGAUGAGAUCUACUGUCCUCCUGAAACAGCAGUACUUCUUGGCUCCUAUGCUGUGCAGGCCAAAUUUGGAGAUUAUAACAAAGAGGUGCACAAGCCUGGAUACCUCAAUUCAGAGCGUCUGAUCCCCCAAAGGGUGAUGGACCAGCAUAAACUCUCCAGAGAGCAGUGGGAAGAACGAAUCCAGGUGUGGCACGCUGAGCACAGUGGCAUGCUCAAAGAGAAUGCCAUGCUGGAAUAUCUGAAGAUAGCCCAAGACCUGGAGAUGUAUGGAAUCAACUACUUUGAAAUCAAGAAUAAGAAAGGAACUGACCUUUGGUUGGGGGUUGAUGCUUUGGGGCUCAACAUCUAUGAAAAAGACGAUAAACUAACCCCGAAGAUUGGGUUCCCCUGGAGUGAAAUCAGAAACAUCUCUUUCAAUGACAAGAAGUUUGUUAUAAAGCCUAUUGACAAGAAGGCACCAGACUUUGUGUUUUAUGCCCCUCGUCUGAGAAUUAACAAGAGGAUCCUGCAGCUCUGCAUGGGCAACCAUGAGCUGUACAUGCGGCGCAGGAAGCCCGACACCAUUGAGGUGCAGCAGAUGAAAGCCCAGGCCCGGGAGGAGAAGCACCAGAAACAACUGGAGAGGAAACAACUAGAAGAUGAAAAGAGGAGAAGAGAGACAAUUGAGAGGGAGAAAGAGCAAAUGCUGAGGGAGAAGGAAGAGCUGCUGGUGAGGCUACAAGAGUAUGAAGUGAAGACUCAGAAAGCAGAGAAAGAGCUGUCAGAUCAGAUCCAAAGAGCCAUUCAGCUGGAGGAGGAGAGGAAACGGGCCCAGGAGGAGGCAGAACGCCUGGAAGCUGACCGUUUGGCGGCUCUGCAGGCAAAGGAAGAGCUGGAGAGACAAACUAUGGACCAGAUAAAGAGCCAGGAACAGCUGGCUACAGAGCUUGCAGAGUAUACAGCCAAGAUAGCACUUCUUGAAGAGGCAAGGAAGCGUAAAGAGAGUGAGGUUGAAGAGUGGCAAAUCAGAGCCAGGGAAGCACAGGAGGAUCUGGUAAAGACCAAGGAGGAGUUACACCUGGUAAUGACUGCUCCACCUCCACCCCCACCCCCUGUCUAUGAGCCAGUGAAUUACCAUGUCCACGACAACUUGCAAGACGAGGGCUCUGAGUACUCAGCCUACAGCGCCGAGUUCUCCAGCGAGGGCAUCAGGAACGACCGCAACGAGGAGUCGCGCAUUACCGAGGCAGAGAAGAACGCACGAGUGCAGAGCCAGCUGAGGGCGCUGACAGAUGAGCUGGCCCAGGCUCGGCACAACAACAAGAUGACCCAAAAUGACAUCAUCCACUCGGAGAACAUGCGCCAGGGACGGGACAAGUACAAGACGCUGCGGCAGAUCCGGCAAGGCAACACCAAGCAGAGAAUCGAUGAGUUUGAGGCAAUGUAAAGAUGCUUGUAAGAAGACAGGAC